AGUUUACAACUGACCCAAACACCGACUCAUCUCUCCUCCACUGCUACUACGAUUAAACUCUCUCUCUAAAGUCACCAUGGCACACUGGUCAGGUGCAACUCUUAAUCAAUCUUAAUCCAUCCGUUUAAUCUUCACAUAUUCAAUAUCUCGUGCAUUUUCAGAAAUUGCGUACAAGAUUAGUUGAUAUCGAAAAUCAUAUAGACCAAUAUCUUUUGGUUUAAAAAGGGUCUUGAUUUUGUAUAUUUUGGCUUUAAGGGGUCUGGUCUUGUUCGUAGUUUUCUCGAUUUUCGAUGGCGGGAUUGGUUGGGCCGAGGUUGUACAGCUGCUGCAAUUGCCGAAACCAUGUUGCCCUUCACGAUGAUGUCAUUUCGAAAGCCUUUCAGGGUAGAAAUGGUCGAGCGUUUCUGUUUUCACAUGCAAUGAACAUUACAGUCGGGCCAAAAGAAGACAGACAACUCAUGACCGGUCUGCACACGGUCGCUGAUGUUUCCUGCUGCGACUGCCAUGAGGUGCUGGGUUGGAAGUAUGAACGUGCCUAUGAGCAAACACAGAAGUACAAGGAAGGGAAAUUCAUUCUCGAGAAAUCGAAGAUAGUCAAGGAAGACUGGUAGCAUCUGUGAAGGCUUUCAAGUUCAUCCAUCUGCAUGCCAAAUGUAAGUGUAUGGAUGCUCGUGCUUGUAUUUAUCUUGUCAAAUUCUUAACAAUUGAAAAAUUCAAUUGUUGUUGUUCGUUGUGGAUUCCUCGUCUGUUGUGUGAAUAUUGUAUCUGGAACUGGGGAACUGGCAUAUUACUAAUUUGAAUAAGAUGUGAAUAAUUCAUUCA